AUUGAUCUCUGGGAGGCUUGAGCUUGGCCCAGUGAAUCUGGAAACGUGGCAUGCUAGCAACUCUGGCUCCUUCCUCGUCGCUUCUCCUGAGCUUCGACUCCCGCAGAUGGACGGCCAAGAUGUUAUGUCUUUAGAUUCGGUAGAGCCUGAUCGCAUGGCUGCCUUUGCUCGAUCAGCAGAAGCCGGUGGAGAACAAGAUGAACCAAGACCCGAAUUCGAGGCUGCUUUAAAGAGAAAAAGGCCUCGAGUCGACAGCGGUGAACGAGAUCGGAGCGUCAAAGGUCAGUCGGCCGAGAGAAAUAUGGUUUCGUCUCCGGAGGCGCUCCAGUCGGAAAAUUCACUAUCCCUUCCUCAAGCGGACGGCGGCCGUACAAUAGAGUCUCCACCAACCAGUUCAGAGGUCAACAUAGAAGCGGAAAACACUGCUCCACCUACGCCCACCUCAAAUAGAAUGACGAUCAACGUCCGAACUCCUUUGCCUGAGAGUUCAGCUGAAGGCACAACUAUCCAAAACGAAAGUGAAGCGGAAAACGUGGAAUUGGAUAUUCCUGAUGCGACCACAAUGGAUGUCGAGCAAUCUACUGCGGCUGAGCCGAAUCCCUUUGUCGAGGCUGUUGCUGCCUCACCUUCUUCGGCACGCAGUCCCCAGAUUGAAGCUGCCGAACUGGAGGAUAUGGACCAGAACCAAAGCGGCGCCAGCUGGGCACCAAUUGUCAACGUCUUUGGAAGCUCUGGAGAACCCAUGUCUCGUCGGAGCCUCAUCCAGGAUUUUCCAAAUGCACGUGAACAACGGGACCCUCGUGAUGCGGUGCUGAUUACUGCACAAUUUCUAGAAAAAGGAAACUUGGAUGAUGGGUUUCUGCUGGUCCAGCUCAAGGAUUGGUUCGGCUCAUAUCUUCAGCAUACGGAACCUAGACGGCCAGACUUUUGGGAGGUAUACUUGGAGGAACGUGAUUUUUGGGAUGAGAUCCCCUCCUUAUUCGAGUGUCUGCUACGACGACGUAUCCCUUUCGGAGAUGGAUUCAUGCGAUAUAUCCCCCAAGAAGGAGCUGUUGAUGAUCGCCAAUGCAUGGUGGACUUCUUCAGAAUGCUUCCUCCUCUCGCUGCUCGCGCGAUCGAAGUUGAUAUCCAAACGCUGUUGCAGUUGCCCGAGGAUUGCACCGAUGAACCCGACUUAAUAUCGUACCGCUACCUCCUGAUGCUGCAAUAUGUCACAAGGCUGCAAGACAUUCCCUUGUGGACUUUGUUAUAUAAGACUUACAGCAUGGAUAUUGCGUCCUUCGUCAAUGAUAUCGGAGAAGCAUUUGUCAUCCCCCAAAGCAAUGGCAUGAAGCUACUCGCGCGAUACACUCAUAUGCUCUCCCAACGGCUUCGUUAUUGUCCGAGAUUAGGCGACCACAUCAUGAGCCUGUUACACAUCACGCGGAACCUUGUGUCAUUGGCAAACGAUUCGCUGACUCACCGCCGGAGAAUGGAUGAUUCAUCGCGAAGAACAUGGCAUCCUGUCCCCGAAAAGGCGUUGGACCUGUUCAGGGCCAUUGACGAAGAGCUUCAUUCUUCAGUGGGAAAACAGACAUCGUCCUUAUCAAUGGAAUUCAGCAAAGACCUUAUUCAUUGUCUUGGUAGAAUACUUUGUUUUGUCAUCCAUGCUGAACCAGAGCUCGCGCACCAAUUUCAAAAACUCACUGGUGUGUUGGACCAGCCUCGUGAAAGCGACCUGCCCGACUUGGUUUCUAACGCUUGGAAGUUUGACCUUUUACGAAAAUAUAUCUCGGAGGGGCGCAUGGAGCUCCGCGUUCUCGGGAUUGAGACUAUGCAGGUAGAUCUGGUAAACACCUUUUCUAGGUUCAGAGCGACCGAGGAAGGUCCCAAUCACCCGGUUAUGCAAUACCUGUCGAAUCUGAUCAUUGAACAUAAACUCCUUGAUUACAUUGUGGGAGUUGAGUCUCAUCCACAGCUCAUAGCCAGAAGUGCCAAUAUCAUUGGCUUCUUGGUGGUCACCAAUCGCUAUACCACGAAAGACUCCGACACUAUUUGGCGGACAGUAGAAACGAGCCAGGAUCCCAGAGUCGUGGCGGGGAUUUUGACCAUGUUGAAGAACAUUUUCAAUGUGGCUUCAUUUCCGCUACUCAUCUAUCUUUGCACAAAGCUCAACGAGCUCCCCCUGGAUGCUUUUGAUGCAAAAAUGAUCGAUUUUGGUGUUUCACUCUUUCAUCAUGUUAGAGAAGCUUUUGCCAGAGACCCUCGGAGGGAGGUGACUGAAACGCCACCUUAUGAUGUCUGCAUUCGAUUGAUCCGUCAAGCAACCGCCUUUCAAGGGGAUACGCCCAAUGAUUUCCUUGCAGUCACGCGGUUUGCAACAGAGGAGCUUGCCCAACUCAUUCAAGUUGGACCAAGUGAGCAAGCCCGGAGGGAUAUUUAUCGCGAAUGCGUACAAGAUAUUGCUGAUAAAUCUGCGCACGCCACAGGCAGCAUCUGCGCCAUCAAUGUUAUCUUGCGGCAUAGGCUGAAUGAGGGGAUCGAAUUUCUAUCUAACGAACUUAACUUGACAAAAUUAUUCGUCGCAGAAAUGGCGCAUACCGUCCAAGCCAUGUGUGCUCGAAGCAUAGACGUCCAGACUUGUCAAAUACUGCUCGCACCGAGGUUAGAACUCCUUUCUCAGAUUCUUUUGCAUGCUCCGGAAACAAUCUCAAAUGAUCUCGGUGAUCAUCUCUGGGAUUCUCUUUUCGCCCAAAGCGCGCUCCAUGAUGCGCAACGAAAUGCUGCCUGGACGCUGCUUUGUGAAGUUACCGGCAGGCUCGACCAAAGGAAUGUUUUUAUUGAUCGCUGCAUCGACGUUUACGCACCUCAACUCAAUCCAAACCUCUUCACUGGGGGUUUCCUCCAUUUUAUCCAGCAAGGUGCGCAGUAUAAGACAAGAAUGACACCUCAUGAUGAACCUAGCGGGGACGGAGUUAUCGAAGUAGUUGGUGCGGAACAGUUGUGGCGAAUCAUACUCACAGCACCCGAGAAUACCAUUGAGAAUGCGGCAUCCCAAUUGCUGGUUAGCUUUUAUCUUGACAGUCCUGCAAUCCGAACGGCCACCAUUUCCGCAAUCGAAAGGACCCAUAUUGCUGUAGUCGAUCGAGCGAUACUGCAGUUAACUUUGGCUGCCGCAAGAUUGAGAUCAUUCAGCGACGCUUCGCGGGAUGGUGACGGGGAACCAAUGGUAGUACUCAACAGAGGAAGCGAACAGAGUUCUGAAGAGCUUCGCUUUGGAAGAUCAUUGAUGUUCCUUCGGGAGAUUCUUCACGCAGUGAGGGCACGCCCGCAAUAUAGCCCUCUGCUCCGGAAAGAGCCCGAAGCCGCCGUUGAGGCUGAGCCGUUCAAGGGAAAUGUGUUGACUAUAAGUUAUCAAGUUUUUAAUGGAAGUGCGCAAAGCCCAAUAAAUACCCUGCAAGCAGGUGACAUGGAAACCCUUGAGGAAUUUCAUGCACGACUUACGCGGCUAAUUGGCGUCCGAACGGUGAAGAUAAUUAAUGGUGGCCAGAUGCUCGAUGUCAUUGAUGCCCAGGGAAAGACACUCCAAGAACUCAAAAUUGGAUCUGCAGGUCUUUUAUUGUUAAAGGUGACACACGGGAAUGGUGCAUCUGAAGAUACAAUUUCUCAAGACGGCCUGUCAGCUUUGGAGAUUGAAGCUUUAAAGCAUUUCGACGAAUUGUAUGAUCUCCUCGAUCUCGAGGACGGAUUUGCCUUCAAAAUCUUUGAUUUUAUAACCACUUUCCCUCCGCAUGAACGAAUACGUCGACUUGCCAUGGAUGACAACAUGACUGCUACAACUCUAUUUCCAAGUCUACAGCCUUACAAAGUAUUAUAUUCUGUAAAGACAUUAGAGUUUUGCCUCAGUAAAGGAUUAGAUACGGGCUAUGUUGACCAUUCCUUUAUCCUACGUGGUGUUAACGCCGUCUCAACCGCUCUAUUAUCGUCCGAAAUUAUGAAAGGCCUCCACAACGAUCACCUGAAGCUGAAAAUCUUGGGUAGCCUUGUUUCUUGCCUGUCAAGGUUUUUAAAAGAGCCUGUACCCGUAGAUAUCUCCGCAACUUACUUUUCAGAUACGGACGACUUGGUCUCUCGAAUAAUUAGUUUGAUGAACAUAGCUAAAGCGAUAAAUACGCCGCGGAGCAUCGAAUCUAUCGAAGUAUUUUGUCAAUCGUUCGAGACUCUGAUCGAAGCGUCACUCCAUAAUGAGCAAAUAUGGGCAUCCUUCACUGCUCAUGCAGAUAUCCGCCAUUUGAUCGAGGAAGCCCUUCUGAAAGAUGGCCGAGAGAGUAUGAGAAGCCGAACGGCACAAAUCAUCUUAGGAGUCUGCAGUUCUCUUCAUCACCCUUCUCAAACAAGUUGUCAAAAGUUUUCAUCAUUCUUUUGGAGCUUGUGCUUGAAUAUCCUCCCUCAAAGUCUCAACUACCAAGACCAUUCGCGUCAACUUUUUGAUGUUUCUUUGGUUGUUUUUCGAUCAUUUAGUGAAUACUCAAGGAACGAACUUGAUUUAGACGGAUAUGUCCAGACCUGGGGUGAUAUUCUGUUGGACCAUCAACAUUACGAGUUUGUUGGACGUAAUACUGUCGACUCCGUCGUCCUAGGCUUCACAUCCCUCCUAAAUUGGUGCGUACAGCUUGCCAAAUCUUGCGGAAAACCUUUCAAAACAAAGCCGCUUAUGGAAGGAGUUUUUGAAUCACAUCUCUUUCCAGAUCUAUCGCCCAUGAGUGACGAUGAGCAGAUAGAGCCUCGCGUCCCUGUAUUAGACAGUGCUAGCAGGAAGGAAAUAUAUCAAUUAAUCUUGUCGCUGAGCCAAGAUAGAGAAAGUUACCAGAGGCUCGUCAUCCUCGUAGAAGAAUUAGCAUCUCAAGAUUCAACUUACGAGUCACCGACAUGGAAUUUCGAACGCUCCAAAGCAAUCAGAUCGCCCGCCGGUUAUGCUGGAUUGAAAAAUCUUUCCAAUACCUGUUAUCUCAACUCGUUAUUCACUCAAUUAUUCAUGAACGUCCCUUUUCGACAAUUUAUGCUCAACACCAGCGUUGCAGAUGAGGAUGGGGCCCAGAGGCUCCUUGCUGAAACAAAGAAAAUCUUUGCAUACAUGCAAGAGAGCUGGUCUAAGUGGAUUGACCCAACUGGUCUCGCCGAUUCCAUUCGGACAUAUGAUAAUGAACAAAUUGAUGUCACGAUUCAGAUGGAUGUAGACGAAUUCUACAAUCUACUAUUUGACAGGUGGGAGGGACAAAUGCUGUCCCAGGAAGACAAACAACAGUUCAAGUCUUUUUUCGGGGGGCAACUUGUCCAACAAGUCAAGUCAAAAGAAUGUGCUCAUAUUUCGGAGCGUGAGGAGCCAUUCUCCGCCAUCCAAUGUGACAUCAAAGGCAAGACCUCAUUGGAAGAUAGUCUGAAGGCAUACGUCGAGGGUGAAAUAAUGGAGGGAGAUAACAAGUACUCAUGUACUUCAUGUAACCGGCAUGUAAAUGCGGUUAAAAGGACCUGUCUGCGCGACGUUCCCAACAACCUCAUCUUUCAUUUAAAGCGCUUCGAUUUUGACUUGGUUACGAUGCAACGAAGCAAGAUCAAUGACUAUUUCGAGUUCCCAAACAAAAUCGAUAUGAGUCCUUACAAAAUCGAGCAUCUGAGCGAUCCAGGAACCCCAACACCAGAGGACCUAUUCGAGCUCACUGGAGUAUUGGUUCACAGUGGAACGGCAGAAUCAGGUCACUAUUAUUCGUACAUUCGAGAAUCUACCCGAUCAACUAAUGGUCAACAUACCUGGGUUGAAUUCAACGACGCUGAUGUUUCGAGGUUCGAUCCGGCAAAGAUUCCCGAACAUUGUUUUGGCGGGCUCAACGACUUUCUCUCAGCGAAUGGAUUUCAGCAAGUUCGAUUUCCGAAAGCAUGGAGCGCCUAUAUGCUUUUCUACCGGCGCGCCUCUUCGACAGAGUCUAGCUUGAGCCAUGAAGCACCUUCAAAUCUACCAGUCCGCGUUCCGUUCGACUUGGACCUGAGCAAUCACAUCGCACUGGAAAAUGAGCUUUUUAUAAGGAAGUACUGCCUAUUUGACCCUGCUCAUGCGCCGUUUGUGAGGUCUCUACUCCAGAGCCUGCUAUUUCUGAACAAGGGAAUAUGCUCAAAAUCACAUGAGCUUGAAAGAGCCGUCAUCUUCCUUACAUUGAGCCAUAUUGAUCAGGUUGUAUCCCGGACUAAGGACUUGCCAGACUUUGAUAGCAUCAUGUCAUUGCUCUUCAAGGUACUUGGAACAUGCCCAGAUUGCUGCAAUAUGGCGCUUCAGUGGAUCAUCAAAAAUCCCAUGGCCCUGCGCAAUAUGCUGAUGCGGAAUCCAUCUGCCAAAGUCCGCCAAGAUUUUGCGGAACUGAUUGUCACAACCCUGGGUUUCUUACGCGACACCGAUCCCGGGCUUUACGGAUUAGAAUCAAACGACCCAGACUCGGAAGAGACCGAUUGGAUCGACGAGACGGGUGCAUUUUACGGCAUUCUGAGUUGCCUGGCGGAUAUGUGGGCAUUUUUUGACCUUCAUAUGCGGGCAUGGGACGAUUAUUUCGGGCUCUUAUGCAAUCUCGCAAGUCUAGGCACCCCAGAAACGCUGCUACUACUGCAGGAGGGUUUCUUUGCGAGAUGCUUGGAAGUUCUGACUGUUGAAUAUGGUGGAAAGGCCUUCAAGUGGAAUUGGCAACGGAUGUUACGACUUCUUGAAAAGGGCAAGGAACCGUCCUAUAAUAAACUCAUUGAGCUUGUCCGGGUAUUGCUGAGAAGAGUCGAGCUUGUCGAAGCUGAGCCUGCCGAGGAUGACCCACAGGAAAGCACCGGCAAAAUCAAAUACCGUAUAACAAACUCGGAAGACCGAUCUCUGACACAUCUCAUACCAAAGACGAAGAAUCUAGCUUUCCUGACCAAGAUCUUGGACACAAACCAGAACGCUGAUGGCUCACUGGAAAUUCUCACGAUUCUCCUGCGCAGCGAACCUCAAUUUGGGUUACUGCUGACUCUUUAUAAAACCAUCAUGGCAGGAAUCGCUAUCGACCCUGCCUCUCUCGCUGCGCCCUACCUCGAUGCAGCAGUUGUCUUUUGUGGGAAUACGCCUGAAGUUACAGAAGCGAGAGAAAUAGUUAUUCGUACUGCCAGUGACAUUGAUACGAUUGGCAGCCACGGCGGUGAAGAGCAUCUUCAAUUCUUCCGUCGGCUGUCAAAAGUCCACAACCCACGACUUCCGCGGGAUCCUCAAUUUUUCCUCUGGCUAGUGGUUGAAACUUCCCCCAGUUGGGCGCCACACCUUCUUCUUUACUGGGAAGAGACAGUCCGACGUGGCACUGUUGGCUUGCUCCAAGAUUUAAUUUUCCAGUUUGGAUGCCCGCCGACAACGGUUGACGAGCAAUUUAAUCGGAUAGCAAUGCGGGCCGCCAAGAAUUUGGGUACGGCGUGUAUGCGACUCAUCACUAGCCGCUACCUUGAAGAACAAGAGCCUGCCGAAGCUAAGCUCAUAAGCGCAAUCGUUCAAGUUAUGAAUGAUUGUAGGCCUUAUUGGGCGUCUGGCGAUGCAGAGGGUCACCGCGUGUUGGAAAGGUUUGAUGCUGUACUAGAAGAACUUCUUGGCCUAACGGUGGAGGAAGCAGAUGAAGCAGUUUCAGAAGAGUGGGACAAUGAGUCCAAUUCGGCGAAUGAUUCCGAUGUCGAUCCGGCUAGCCUUCCUGUCGAAAGCACUAGUCCAUGAAUUUCCCAGUGGAUUGUCUAGUGAAGCUCGGUCUGGUAUCUCUGAGCAUUUACAAAUCCGUCUCGUCUGAUAUCCAGUGGAUUGAAUCGUGUUGAUUCUGGCGUCUGUUUGUUCUGUGCACCACGGAGUCUUUUUUGUUCACUGACACAUCCACACACACAUCAUUCGUUCAUGGGUUC